UCUAUAUAUAUAUUAUUUAUUUUAUUUAUUCUUCCUUUUAUUAACUUUCCUCAAUUCUUCAUCCCCCCUGCUCUUUUGCUUGGCGUCGUGCUAAAUCCCCCGCCACGAGGCAAUCAAUCAACAAAACAAAACGCUAAGUAGGUGGGCUUCUUGUGUGGGUUUGUGACUCCACGCUUUGAGCACAAUUGAGCAGAUUCUUCUUGUUCUUUUCUUUUUCUUUUUCUUAUCGUCUUGUGUGUGUAUUUGUGUGUUUUUGUUGAUCGUGGGCGUUGUGUCUGUUUGCGAUAGUGUAGAGAAGUUACCGAGCAUUCUUUUAUCAAUUCGAUCUGACAUGUGGAAACUUGCUGUUCUUCUUUUUUAUGUACUCUAGGGCCGGAUAUAUGGCGUAAAGAUAAGUGUAUCUAAAAUAUUCUGAUGAUUCAAGAGUUGUUUCUCUCCACUUGGAGCGUCGUAGGAGCAUUAUUAUUGCAUAACUAGAUAACCAACGAAUAUGACCGCUGAAAGAGGGUGGUAUGGUAUACGUAUUACAGGCACAUCAUUAUUUCAGAACUCCGGCGGUGGAGCAUGCGCACUCCACGCCCGAGCCAUCUGGCGAUCAGCCCGUGGUGGAGGAAGAAUCACCUUGGCGGCAUAUCCCAGCCGCCUCUGCCGUGUGCUGCCGUAGGGCCAUAAGCGUAGCUUGCUUUAAAUAUUUAAUUGGCAUGCCCCUCGCGUGUGUUUUCUAUUAUUUAUUGUGACUCCGUAUAUGUUCAUUUUCGAAGCAAAUCCGCUUGUUGGUUGAUACCCACAGGUUUCACGUUUUCACGAGCCACCGUGCUGACCGUCCUGUUUUUUAGCCUCUGUUCCUAGCCCCAACCCGCAUAGAGAAGCAACCACGCAGCGGCCGCAAACAUGCAGCUCCCAACCAGCCUCCUCCAUCUAACCUACCUCCUUACCCUCGCGUCCGCUCACUUCGAACUCAUCAAACCAGAGUCUCGCGGCACCCAGUAUGACAAACUCACAGAAUACCCCUGCGGCGGCCUCCCCGUCUCCAGCAAACGCACGAGAGUCUCCCUCAUGGACCCAGAGCUCAACGUCGCCCUGAAAAUGGGCCAUGACCACAGCGCCGUCCAGGUCCUGCUAGCCAUUGGCCCGGAUCCAGGCACGAAUUUCAACGUCACCCUGGUCCCGACUUUCAUGGAAAUAGGCCUGGGUGACUUCUGUCUGCAGGACGUGAAGUUGACCGAGGAGAAACUCGGGACACAGUUGACGGAGGGUCUGGAAGCGACUCUGCAAGUUGUGACGAAUGGGGAUCCCAACGGCGGGUUGUAUAACUGCGCAGACCUCGUAUUCACCGCCUUCCCUUCCGAUGACGACGACGAUGCUUCCUGCAGGAACGGCACUGGUGUCACUGCCAAGCCUUUCCCAGAGUCAGUGGGCCGCAUCAACGCUAAUGAAUCUACUCCAAAUGGAGAGAGACAGGGUGGAUCGGGAGGUAGAAAUGGCGGCGACCAAGGUGGUGAGAACAAUUCUGCAGCAUCGUUGGAAGCUGCUGCGUGGGGAGUUUUGGGUGCGGCAGUUCUGGCCGCCGGUGCGCUCCUGUAGUUAAUUUGGUUUGCAUGGUUUUUUUUUUUUUUUUUUU